AUGUCACUGGCAUUCUGUUUCCGUAUUUAUUUUAUUCCCUUAGUUUUAUCACCUGAAAUUUUGGUGCACGGAUGUAUCCCAAUGAUCAACGCUUUGUUUGUGUACAACGGCAAGGGAGAGGUGUUGCUUUCUCGCUUGUUCCGGGACGGCGUGCGCCGCAACGUGUGCGAGGUGUUCCGGAUCCAGGUGAUUUCCAAGCUAUCCGACAUCAAGUCUCCGGUGCUGACUCUUGGGUCCACCUCGUUCAUCCACAUCCGCCACGGCUCGCUGUGGGUAGUCGCUGUGACGCGGUCGAACGUGGACGCCUCGCUUGUGUUUGAGUACCUGUACCGGUUUCUGGACGUUACCAAAAAACUCAUUGGCAUCGAUACCGUGACGGAGUCGGAUGUGAAGGCCAACUUUGCCGUUCUGUACGAGGUGCUCGACGAAACCAUCGAGUCCGGCCACGUUUCCAACAUGGAGCUGUCGACACUGAGGCCAUUGCUAUCGUCACAGCCGGCCGAUCUUAGUCGAUCGAGAAGCAACUCUGCUGGCGGAUUGCUCGCGAGAGCCAACACGAUCCGGCGCAAGUCCACCGGCAAGCUGCCACAGUUGUUCAACAGUCCGCUCGACCUCGAAGACUCGCCGCAUCCGUGGCGGGCCACCGCUCCGAAAUAUAAGAAAAACACCGUCCAGAUAAACGUUCUAGAGGAUUUCAACCUGCUGACGAACGCGAACGGGUUUGUGCUGCGUUCGUUCGUGGACGGCCGCGUGACAAUGGACUGUCGUUUGUCGGGCACGCCGACGUGCUCGUUUGCCAUGUCGCAGAACGUUUCAGACGACCCGUUUGAUGGGUUCAAGGCCACCGAUUGCACGUUCCACCAAAGUGUCAACCUCAAAGACUACGAUGAACACAACCUGAUCAAGUUCAUUCCGCCCGACGGCGAGUUCGAGCUUAUGAGCUACAGAACAGACGUCGAGACCGCUCCGUUUAAUAUAUAUGCCGACAUCGAGCCGUUUGGAGGCUCGAAAUUGUCUUACAGCGUGGAUCUGGAAUCGACGUACCCGGCCAGCGUGGCUGCGUCGAACGUGACCAUCAAGAUCCCUGUGCCGCCAGGCACGUCCAGAGUGAAGCCUUUGGUCGAUAUUGGCAAGUUCCGUCUCGUGGAGGAAGAGAACAUGGUGUACUGGCAGAUCAAGAAAAUGAUGGGCCAUCAAAAGGGCAAGCUGGCGUUCGAGGUUGAGGAAGUGUCGACGAAGUGGACUGCUGCCAAGCCGCCGAUCUCGGUGAGUUUCAACCUGGCAUCGUAUUCCGUGGCAAGCCACAAGGUGAGGUUCUUCAAGGUGAAGGAGCCUAGCAUGAACUACGCAACCGUCAAGAGCGUGAACUACGCGUCGAAGGCAAAAAGUUACGAAAUCAGAAUAUAA